AUGGAAACUGAACAAAGGCGUGAGUCCGAGAUCUCUGAACCAGGAUCUGCUGUUACCACUGACAACACGGACAAUGAAAUUGAAGUAAUUGUAGGUUUAUAUUGCUGUAAAUACUAUCAUAUUGUUCUAUCUGGUCAGUAGAACAAAAUGAUAUGAUAUAAAAAAUGUGUAAGUUCAUUAACUUUAUAUUUGGUAUUUAGGACUUGGACGAACUGAGUGAUGAAGAUGUGAAGAAGAAGUUGGAUCAAUUUGGGGAUAGAGAUGAAAAGAGUGAAGAACAAGAAGCUGACAAUGAGGAAGCUGAAGAAAGGAACGCAGAAGAUGAAGAGCAGGAAGAAGGAGAAGAGGCUGAAGACAAUGAAGAAAAGGAAAAACUUUUACAAGAACAAAAUGGCAUCUUUCAAGGACGUAAGUACAAAUUUUUUAAAAAUUUGUUUUUUUAAUUGAUCAGUAGAUAACAUCUUACUUUUUUCUUAACGUGUUCAGUAAGACAGCUAAAAACUUGAAUAUUUGAGUAGUUAUAGAUUGUUGUAUCUGUAAACUAAUGAAAGGGGAUUUUUCAGUGUCAGAAGAACAACAAGAUGAAGUCUUCUCAUCAGAAGACCGUGCAUCCGUUUAUCAGAACUUUAUUGUUGCGACUUUCCUGAUGUUUACCAUCCCAUGCGGCCUUAUGUAUGCUUCGUACAAGUAUCUCUUCCUUGGUAGGUUUUUUUACAUUUUCAGUUGUUUUUCUAAAGUUUAGGUAUAAAAUACGGGGCAGCCUUUUAAAAAAUAACGUUUUUAAUUUGUGCUUGGUUAAUAUAAAGACAAAGUUGUACAAGUUUAUGACAUAUAGCUAAGAAAUAUCUCCUUUUAGAACACUACCAUCUUCCACCAGACAAGGCCGCUCUCUACGGUGGAAUUGUUGGCAUCUUUUCAGUCUAUGUUAUCAUCGCAAUCUUCAUCUACAUUGCCUAUCACGAAGAGAAGGGAAUCGAGCAGAGAAUCAAAAAGAUCAAAUCUCAAUAG